AUGCGCCAUGCAUCACGUAAUGCGCCAGAGCCGCUCGGCGUCCUGCGUGGCCACGGCGCCCCCGUCAAUAGCGUGAGUUUCCUGUCCGCCUCGACUAUCGUGUCAGGUGCUGGUGAUGGAGCCGUGAAGAUCUGGGACCUGAAAUCACGUCGAGAGCUGGCAACCAACGUAGUUGCGCAUUCGCAUGCCGGCGUGUUGCACGCGGCCGCUUUGCGAGGUGCCGCUGCAUCCGAGCAGAAAUUCGUCACGCAAGGUCGCGAUGGAUUUGUCAAGCUGUGGGACGUACAAUCUUUUGAUGCUGCAACAGAUCCACUAGCCACGUUUUAUUGUGCGUCGCACUCGUUUACCAAGUUUGCAACGUUGCGCUGGCCAAGCAAAGAUUCAGCCAACUCAAACUUAAUCAUAUGCCCCAGCAGCGUGGAUAGCAAGCUGCUGGUCUUUGACAUUCGGGUCAAAAGCUCUUCCCCAGCACUAACACUCUCUGUGCCAGAUGCUGCAACGAAGAGAGGCAUGUGUAUGUCGCUAUCGCUCUUUGACAGCAGCGUUGCAAAAAGCAACGAUGACGCCGGUGGCAGUGUGCAGACAUACAUCAGUGCAGGCUUUGAGGGUGGACAGCUUGUUAUCCUGGACUUGCGGUCGGGCGGGAAGAUAGCUUGCGAGACCACCGUUACUCAAGGCGCGAACGCACUGCUUUCGGUCGACAUCACAGACGACGGGCGGUCGAUCAUCUGUGGCUCGUCGGGUCACGAGCUGUACGAAGCAAACUUUGACGCAGCUUCGUACACGCUCCAUUCUCGAUCUUUCUUCACCUGCACCCACGGUGGUUUCAGCAGUGUUUGUAUUCGGGGGGAUCAGCGCAUCGUAGCUACUGCUGGCUGGGACCAUCGCGUGCGUGUCUUUCAUUUGCGGAAGCUCAAACCCCUCGCAGUGCUCAAGUAUCAUAGCGACAGUGUGUUUGCACUGGACUUCAACGGCAAUAACUCACUGCUCGCUUCUUGCUCUAAAGACCGCCGGAUAGCACUCUGGUCAAUCUACCCUCCAUCCGCGACCGCUGCUGCUAGUAGCUUGCGGCCAUUUUGA